ACCAGUUUCACAGACAGAUGAACUUCUGGAAUCCCUAUUUCCUACUAAUUAGUAUUAUGAUGAAAUGCCGACUGCGAUUUUAUAAUUUACAUAAAAGCAGAAUCAUUAAGGUUUAAAAUUGCUUAUUAUGGCUAAUUGUGCUUAUUUUUUCCCUUUUCACAAAUAAUGUAUUUUCAUUGACCGUGUAAAUGAACCGCGUUUAGAUUAUGUGAUGAAAACUAGAUGAAAACAAGUCAUAUACUAGAUCUGGUAAUAACACGACAGUUGUCGUGGCAACUGGUCAAAUUUUGAGGUGUCGGGUUCGUGCGGUGCAUUUUGUUGGCAAUACGCUGGGGAGCGGAAAUCCAGUGAAAUCCACUGGUAAAAUUUUGAUUUACUGUUGAAAGGGCUUUCUUCCCCACGCCCAAAAAUAAUAAAUUACAAGUGUCACAAAAAAUGAAGACAGUAAUAUUUCUCCUGGCUGUUGCUGUUAUUGGAAACGCUGAAGAGCUGAAGGUUGAAACAUUAUUUAAGCCUGAUGAGUGUGAGAAGCUAUCAAAGAAUGGGGAUAUGCUUUCAAUGGACUACACUGGAACUCUUGAGGAUGGCACAAAGUUUGAUUCCAGUGUGGACAGGAAGCAGCCUUUCAACUUCCAGCUAGGUGUUGGACAAGUGAUCAAGGGUUGGGACCAAGGCUUGCUGGAUAUGUGCGUUGGAGAACGGAGGAAGCUCAUUGUUCCACCCAGCCUGGGAUAUGGCGAACAGGGAGCAGGAGAAGUCAUUCCUGGAGGUGCCACACUCCACUUUGAAGUGGAGCUGCUCUCGAUCAACGAGGCGCCGCCGCCACAGAACGUCUUCAAGAUGGUGGAUGCCGAUAAUGAUCAGAUGAUCAGCCGCGAGGAGAUCCAGGCCUACCUGACGCAGCAGCUCGAACAGCAGAAGGGCGAGAUGCCCGACGGUCAGAUGGAAGAGAUGCUCCAGAACCAGGAUAAGCUGAUCGAAGAAAUUUUCCAGCAUGAAGAUGCCGAUAAGGACGGUUUUAUCUCCCACGAAGAGUUUUCUGGUCCGAAACACGACGAACUUUAGCGAGCGAUGUGGCGACUGCGGUAGUGUCUAUGAAAAUGGAACUGGAUACACAGGAAGGGCUGUGGUAUUGUUAAAUUUUAUGCCGUGACUUAAAACGCG